CAAGCUAGCCUGAACAGAUACUUUCAGACGCCUAGUUUCUUCACCUCAUUCCUGAGACAAGAUUGCGCCCACCCCUUGUGUAAGCAAUUUAAACCUGAUAGAGGAUCAUCUGCCUAUCUUUACACCGAAAAUCUUUGUAAACUCAAGUUCUCAUGCGCGGAGCUUUAUCCAAAACCACAGUUAUGUUUUUUACGGGCACAAAUCCGACCGGUUAGCGCGAUAAAAGCACUUUUAUUUUGAUUUGUGCAACUGAGAAGCCCUAAACCAGAUAUAUACGCGCGCCACUAUCCUUUCCUUUCCCCAUGAAAAUGCUCUGAACAGGUGCCUGAACGAAUGUGCACACCGACCAAAGUUUAGUAAUAUGAACUUAUUUCCAAGUGGAAUAUAUUUUUAUUUAUCUGUAGCAAUCUGUUGGCUAACGUCAGGUGUCCACGCAUCUUGGUGGUACAUGGGUACCCUCGGGUCGCAAGUGAUGUGCGACAACAUCCCGGGGUUAGUCAGCAAACAGCGGCAGCUGUGCCGCCAGCAUCCCAAAGUCAUGCAGGCUAUAGGAGCCGGGAUGAAAGACUGGAUCGGCGAGUGUCAGUAUCAGUUCCAGAACCACCGCUGGAGUUGCAACACCAUGGCGCGGGAACACAACGUGUUCGGGCGGCUUCUUUCGCGUAGUAGUCGCGAGGCGGCCUUUGUCUAUGCCAUCUCCUCAGCCGGCGUGGUGUACACACUGGCACGAGCCUGCAGCCAGGGAGACCUCGAGUCGUGCUCCUGCGACCCCACCAAGAAGGGCUCAUCGCGGGACACCAAGGGCGCCUUCGACUGGGGCGGCUGCAGUGACCACGUGGAGCACGCCAUGAGGUUCAGUCAGGUGUUUGUCGACGCCAAGGAGAGGAAGGAGAAGGACGCCCGUGCCCUCAUCAACCUGCACAACAACCGCGCCGGCCGCAAGGCGGUGAAACGCUUCAUGACCCUGGAGUGUAAGUGUCACGGUGUGAGCGGCUCCUGCAGUGUCCGGACCUGCUGGCUGGCCAUGGCAGACUUCCGGCGCACGGGCGACCACCUUCGUCGGCGCUACAACGGAGCUGUCCAGGUGGCCGUCAACCAGUACGGCACCGGCUUCGCUGCCCUCCUCGCCCACGCCAAGCGACCAAGCAAGAAUGACUUGGUGUAUUUUGAGGACUCGCCCGACUACUGCAUGCAAGACCAUGAGUCUGGUUCGGUGGGUACAGACGGUCGUGUCUGCAACAGGACGUCCCGCGGCAUGGACAGCUGCGAGGUCAUGUGCUGUGGCCGUGGUUAUGACACAUCGCGGGUCAGCCGCACCACCAAGUGUGAGUGCAAGUUUCAUUGGUGCUGUGCAGUGCACUGUAGAGACUGUGAGCACCAGGUGGACGUACACACCUGCAAGCCCCAGACGUGACCUGGCUACAGCCACGUCGACCAGACAAACAACCCGGCCGUCAGACCCGACUGGGGCGCAUACCUGACACAUCACUUCGGCCUGUUUUAGGCUGAGUUAAAGCCUCAAACUAACUUUCGUCCAUUUUCCAUAAAUCCAUUAUGCUUCAGUUAGCAUGAUUCACUGUGCAAGAAUGUAAAGCUGUAGACAUUUAUACAACCCCCCCCAAAUAUGUGAUUUGCAUCCAUCAAACUGCUGUAGUUACAGAAAAGACUAUCAAACUCAAUCACCACUAGUAUUGUUUUUUUUUAAGGUGUGACGUGCACCUUUUUAACCCUUGUGUUAUCUUCGGGUCAUUCUGACCCAUCAGUCAUUGUGACCCACCGUCGUAUUGUGACAAAUUUACCUCAUACAAAAACAAAGUGAAGCAUUUUCUUUUAACUGUCGGGCUGUCUCAGACCCCCCACAUUGGAAUGGUUAAAAGAAAAUUAUUUGUAUUUGUUUUUGUAUUGGGUAAAAUUGGGUAAACACAACGAUGGUUCGUUAUGAACCUUUGGGUCAUGUGACCCGAAGGCAGCACGAGGGUUAAGAAUAGUACAGCAACAACAUGGCAUUGUAAAGUCAUUUACAGGUCGCUUGUGCAGAAUUUGUGAUUUUAGGACACAUCCAUGUUGCGGUGUUUCAUAUACUGUAUAGUGUGCUUUUUGUCUAUAGAGCUGAUUAUCCAAAUAUCAAUAUCAGUUUAGAGUAAAAGCUGAAGUUAAAUUCCAAAAUGCAACAUCCACUCAAAUGUCAACUUUUGUCAAAUCUUUGCAAGCAAAAAUAAAUACUGUUGAUGGAUUUUUUUUAUCAUUA